AUGAUAAGUGAAAAACAUGACACUCUAACAAUAUUUUACUGGUUAGCGGAAUGGAUUAAAGAUGGAGGUCCCAUACCACAAGAAACUGCGUGUGAUUACUCAAAAGCAUUGCUAGGAGCAAUUUCAAGAGCAUUUUGUAAUGGUACUACCUUAAGUGAUUAUGUGGAUAAAUGCUUCAAUGUUUUAUGCUCAAAAUCUUAUAAUGACUUGCCACCAUGCUUUAUACGAAUUGAUAUUGCACAUUUAGUUAAACUAGUUUGUCGCUGGAAAUGUUUGGCUGGCACUAACAAAUAUAGACUGAAACAGUUUUAUGUUAGAUGUGUUAUACUAUUAGUUGAAGCGAAAUGUAUAGAUGAGUUUGAAAAGAUAUUAGUAAACAUUUUAACAGUAUCAAUGAGCCAAACAGAGGGUGAUUUAACUAAAAGUACAGGAAAAUGUCCAUCUGAAGAAGCAAGAACCAGAUUACUUUUCAAUAUACGAGGUUCCAAAAUUAAUGAAAAUGAAGUAGUGAAAUCUACAAUCGAUAACAAUGAUACAUUUCCCGAUCACUCAGAUGAAGAAACCGAUGUUUCAAGUAAACUAAAACAGAAUUCCAAAAUCAAUGCAUUUUUGAAUACAAUAAAAUCAAAGAGUAGUUCUAACUCGUUAGUUGAAGGUGAUCGAAUAAGUCCAUAUUUUUUGCCGGAUUUUUCCAAAAACAUACUGAGGCUUUGUAAAGAAUUUCCUUUAUGGUCAAAUGUCAUGUCCCCAGUUUUCAAAUCACCAUACGAAUGUGCAACAUCUGCAGCCGUAGAAGGAGACUUUUCUUUACUAAAAAAUAAUAUAUUAAAGAAAAAUACGACAACUAUGACUGUUGAUCGCUUUCUAGUCACCCAUCUCAAAAGUAUUGAAAGUUCAAUGAAAAUUGCACGUAGUAGUCAGUUACAAGAAAACAACUUUCAUGAAAUACAUUUUGCAAACAAAAUUGAAAAACCAAUUUCUCGUAUGUCACCAGUGUCUUUAUUAAACUUUAUACCUUCUGACAAAGAGUACGAAAGUGAUUUAACGGAAUACGAGAAUAAACAUGAAAAAAACCAACGAUUUAUUGAUGAAAAUGAAAAAAAAACUGAUAGAUGA